GGAUCUCAGACGUCAGUGAGCAAGUUCACACGACUGCAUGCAUGCAUGUGCUAGCUUCUCCUCGGGUAGCCACAGAAAUAGUUGAUUCUGCUCGGUCUCAGGUCCGAGGACGAUCGGGGGUCUACGAGUACUGCAGCAGCAAAACGCUCCUCCUCUACUGUCUGUAGAUCAUCGGACGGUCAACCCACCGUCGACGCUUGUAGUGCCUCGGCGUUCUGUCAUGCCACGACUACCAGGGUCGUCUCAUCGACGAAUCGAGGGAAUAUCUUACAGGGCCAAAUGGCUGGUGGCGUUUCUAGUGCUGUUGCAAUCGACCCAGCGCGGUCUACAAGUAGCCGCUGAGUGCGCACUCGGAGAGUGUGCUGCAGACUUACGACGGAAUCCAGACUCAAAUCGAGCUCCGAUACAGCUCCCGGAGAAACCCAACAUCAUUGUCAUCUACGGCGAUGAUGUUGGCUACGGAGACUUGAAUGGCUACGGCCAUCCUACUUCUAGCACGCCAAACCUGGACCGCAUGAUCCAGGAGGGCAUGCGGCUGACCCAGUUCUACUCCGCUGCUCCCGUAUGCUCGCCGUCGCGCGCAUCACUGCUGACAGGACGCCUCUACCCAAGAACCGGAGUCUACUCUGGCACACCAGGCUCGACCCAAAGUACAGGCCUGAGUGUCUUCAACCCAUUCAGCAAUGGUGGUCUGAAUCUCUCCGAGAUCACAGUAGCACAGAUGAUGAAGCCGCUUGGAUACGCUACGGGAGCGCUAGGUAAGUGGCACCUGGGCACCAAGAAGGAAUAUCUGCCCGCAAGCCGGGGAUUCGACAGCUACUUUGGAAUUCCGAUGACCCAGAAUGAAUGCACGUCGAACGUUGAGUCUUCAAAGCAGUUCGGCCCGUGUCCCACCAUGCACAACAACACAGUUGCAGUUCAGCCGACGGAUGUGCAGAACAUUGAUGCGGCGUACGUAGCAAACAUCAAGGACUUCAUGACCGUGCACAAGAACGAACCGUUCUUCUUCUACUAUUCGUCACACCACACGCACUUGCCACAAUUUGCUGCACCCGGAUUCCUGAACUCAACACUACGUGGUCUCUUCGGAGAUUCGCUCGCCGAGCUCGACUGGUCAGUGGGACAGAUCCUGGAUCAUGUCGUGGAGCUGGGCAUCGAGAACCGGACGCUUGUUGUCUUUUCAGCUGACAAUGGACCUCAGCUGAGCGGUGGUGUUGAUGGUGGUGAGCAGGGACAACUCAAGUGCGGAAAGGGAACAACGUACGAGGGUGGCAUGAGAGAGCCGGGCAUCUUCUGGUGGCCGUCGGUCAUCGAGUCCGGGAGCAUCUCCUACGCGCUGGGCAGCACCCUGGACUUGUCCGUCACCGCGGUCAGCUUGGCCGGUGGCAAGCCGCCACAGGACAGGGCCAUCGACGGCUUUGACUUGACGCCAGUGCUCACUGGCCGAUCCGAGAUUGGGCCACGCGAGUUCAUGUUUUACUACAGCGGUCACAUGCUGAUGGCGAUCAGACUGCGUCAAUACAAGGCACACUUCUGGACCAAAGGUGGACUGUGUCCGGAAAACUACCAUGACCAGGACUGUUGGAGCAGCACUCCGCUGAAGCAGCACGAACCACCUUUACUCUUCGACGUGGAGACAGACCCAAAGGAACGCUUCCCCCUCGACUUGUCACUUUACCCCGUGCAGGUGAAUGAAAUUAUGGACCUGAAAGCAGCGCAUAGCAAAGCCAUGACAUUCUCGCCCGGCGAGAUGAACUUGGGUCAGAACAAGGAGAACUUUCCCUGCUGCAACCCAAGUUGCACACCGCGUAACAGCUGCUGUGCUUGUCCUAAAUAGACUUGAUACUGUACUUCCGCACAUAUAAGCGCAUGUGCUUAUGUCCGGACAUAAGCGCACCCCCCCCCCCCCCCCAAUUAUAAGCGCAUGUGCUUAUAUGUGAACACUAUUGGUGUAACACCCGGGAGCUGAAUAUACUGCUAAGCAUUGUGAUAACACCGUUGUUUAGGACACAGACAAACCUUUAUUGCACAUAUAAGCGCAUGGGCUUCUACCCGAACAUGUUCACACAGCAAAAAUAUUUUUUGUAGCAAAUUUUCACAUAUAAGCCCAUGGGCUUAUAUUAUAAAACGGUUCUGUUCUGUGUUUAAACCCCAUGACCCUAUCUGCGAAUGUGUAUCAAUGCCAUACAGUCAGCAGCAAAACAAGAAAUCAUGGGUAAAUUCACUCGAUCUUUGUGAUUUGCUGGAUAUAUAGGUACAUUUUGUUUACAAUGUCAUGUACAUUAUAUCAAAAUUGAAAUAUCUGUACCUCAGCUUUGACAAUGAAUUCUUUCCUGAAUUCAGAUAGUGGUAACACCAAGAGUACUCUUGGCAACACUCAUAAUAAGGAUCGCAGUGAUGCAGCACAACCCUGUAUACUGUCAUGUACAGUG